AUGGCUUCGGACGAUGGGGAGUACCGGGUCACAGGCUGUAUUGGUCAGGGUGCGUUUGGAAAGGUUGUUCUGCUAGAAAACUCGGCUGGAGAUCAGACAUUGCGUGAUCGGAUCAGUGGUCGUGUGGAUCCAAAUAACUUCACGACUGAAACGAUUUUCACUGAAGACGAGGAACUGAGGUUGGUGGAACACACAGAAGACUCUGCCAGACUGGGGUACGGCUUCAGUAAUACAGCAAUGCAACAGAUGGCAGGCGAAUUGGCGCACCACCUUGGAAAACGCGCUACUGACAAGCCACUCAGUAACUGUUGGUUAUAUGGCUUUUUAAAAAGAUGGGAGAGCAGAAUAUCCACACUGAAACCUUCAGCGUUGGAUUCAAACAGAGCCAAACACUCAACUCCAGAAAUUGUUGCCAAAUAUUUUGAUAACCUCGAAGUGGCUAUCGCGGAGUACGGGCUACAGGAGAGACCUGAUUGCAUAUACAAUCUGGACGAAACGGGCAUCUCUCCUGAACAUCGACCACCAAAUAUUAUCGCUCCAAUCAAAGAGAAAGCGCAGGCGGUCACGUCGCCACGAUCGGCAACAACAACAUUGAUCGCGUGCGCAAGCGCAUCAGGACACCAUCUGCCGCCAUAUUUUGUGUUUAAAGGAAAAAGGUCCAACGACAACUUGUCGAAAGAACUUACACCCGGUGCUGUUGUGACCAUGUCGGAAACUGGUUGGUCGACCACUGCAACCUUCAAGGACUACCUCGAAAACCACUUUUUGAAGUACGUCAAUAGAGGAGACGGCAGCCAACCAGUACUUCUAUUACUUGACGGGCACAGCACACACACUUCCCAAGAGAUGGUGAAAUGGGCCAGAGAUCGACACAUCCACCUGUUUUGUUUGCCAGCGCACACAUCGCAUGUCCUGCAACCCCUUGAUGUCGGAGUGUUUGGGCCGUUCAAGCGCUUCUAUUAUAGCGAAUGUGCUUCGUACAUGAAGGCGAAUCAAGGCAAGAUCGUGACGAAAUACGAAAUAGCAGGCAUUGCAUGUAAGGCGUACUUGAAGGCCCUCUGUCACUGGAACAUAGUUUCCGCUUUUAGGAAAACCGGCGUGCAUCCCCUGAACAAAAAUGCUGUUCCGAUGGAAAAGCUCUUGCCGUGUGAAUCGUUCCGAGAUGAGACACCAAUGCUCAAGAUGCAGUCGAUACGCGCUGGCAAAGAGGCGGUGGAUGAGUAUCUUCGGGCGAAAUCCGAAUCUACCAGCACAACAGCCCCUUGCAAAUGCAAAUGCGGGAAGCAAAAUCCCACAACACCAAAACCGAAGCCUGGCGGGAAACUACUCACCAGUGAUGCAUACAUUGAGGCGCUCGAAAUAUACGAUGCACAAAAGAAAACCAAGGCACCAUCAUCAUCCAGGACAAACCUGCCACAAACAAGCCCCAAACAAUCUACAAGCGGUUUAAUCAUCAACCGAACCGACAAUUCUGAAAGCGAGUCAGAUAUUGACGACACAGAAGUUUGCUGCGUUUGCGAGAGAUUCACGCCCAUCAAUGUUGACAAGCGACCACACCUAAAGAUAGUCAACUGGGGACAGUGCGACGAGUGUGGACAUUGGGUUCACUUGGGUUUCUGUCAUGCCAUGUCUGUUCUCAGACGAGGCUACAGUUUUCUGUGCCCUCAUUGCAGUUAA